AUGAACCCCCACGCAAAACUAAUCACCACCCUAAGCCUAAUCGCAGGGACAAGCAUCACAAUCUCCAGCAACCACUGAAUCAUAGCAUGAACUGGCCUAGAAAUCAACACCCUAGCUAUCAUCCCCCUAAUCUCCAAACCCCACCACCCCCGAGCAAUUGAAGCAGCCAUCAAAUACUUCCUUACCCAAUCAACUGCAUCAGCCUUAAUCCUUUUCUCAAGCAUAAUAAACGCCUGACACACAGGCCAAUGAGACAUCACACAACUAAACCACCCAACACCCUGCCUUGUAUUGACUAUAGCAAUUGCAAUCAAACUAGGACUGGUCCCAUUCCACUUCUGAUUCCCAGAAGUACUCCAAGGAUCAUCCCUAACCACUGCCCUGCUACUCUCAACCCUGAUAAAACUCCCCCCAAUCACUCUCCUCCUAAUGACAUCACAAUCACUUAAUCCCACCCUACUCACCUCCCUAGCAAUCAGCUCAACCCUUAUCGGAGGUUGAAUGGGCUUAAACCAAACACAGACACGAAAAAUCCUAGCCUUCUCAUCCAUUUCUCACCUAGGCUGAAUAAUCGCAAUCAUUAUCUACAGCCCCAAACUAACCCUCCUUACAUUCCUCCUCUACACUCUAAUAACAACAGCUAUCUUCCUAUCCCUAAACCAAAUCAAAGUCCUAAAACUAUCAACAAUACUCAUCUCAUGAACAAAAACCCCGAUACUUAACGCAACCUUGAUACUCACUCUCCUCUCCCUAGCAGGCCUACCACCACUAACCGGCUUCAUGCCCAAAUGACUCAUCAUUCAAGAGCUCACUAAACAAGAAAUAACACCAACAGCCACAAUCAUCACUAUGCUUUCCCUACUAGGCCUGUUCUUUUACCUCCGCCUUGCGUACCACUCAACAAUUACACUCCCCCCUAACUCCUCCAACCACAUAAAACUAUGACACACUAACAAAUCAUCAAACACUACCACCGCUAUCCUAAUCGCCCUGUCAACAUCCUUACUCCCCCUCUCUCCUCUAAUACUCACCAUAGCCUAG